AUGCCUAAAGUCAUCUUAAGAAGCGCGAGAACCUCCAACAAACAAGUCAACCCCUCUCUAUCGGGGAAAACGCUUCUCAUCACCGGCAGCAACAGUGGAAUUGGUCUAGCUUGCGCACAAAUCGUGCCCACACUCGGGCUCUCACGCCUCAUCAUGGCCGUUCGAAGUGUCGAAAAAGGGGAAGUGGCCGCGGCGCCCAUUCGCAAGGAACACCCAAACUGCACAAUCGAAGUUUGGGGUCUCGACAUGCUAUCCUACCCAUCAAUCCAAGCGUUUUCGGAGAGAUGCAAAACGCUUCCAAAGCUGGACAUGGCGAUUUUAAACGCCGGUGUUGGAAGCGGAUCCAUAUUCCACCUGAACCCCUCAACAGGGCACGAGGAAACGUUCCAAGUGAACUACCUCUCCACCGCCCUCUUAUCACUGUUGCUGCUUCCCAUCCUUGCCGCAAGGUCACCCGCCUCCGCACCAGGCCGGCUCACCAUCGUCGGUUCUGGCACAGCCUUAUUCGCGAAAUUCGAGAACCGGAACGCAGUCCCGCUAAUACCGUCCUUUGACACCCCAAUUUCCGGCUUCGCCGCGGCAGGAGAGCGGUACGGGACGACUAAGAUACUCGUCAUGAUGUUCAUGCACAAGCUUUCUGAGUUCGUACGGGCGGACCAGGUGGUUAUCAAUGCCGUCGGGCCAGGCCUCACAUCAGGGACGUCACUACAUCGAGAGUUUACCGGACCAGGAAAGUAUAUAAUGGCAGGAAUGAAGAAGGUUGCUUCAAGGACACCCGAACAGGCGGCUUGGACGUAUGUCGAUGCUGUAGCGGUCCAUGGGAAGGAGAGUCAUGGCGGGUUCAUCAUGUUUUGGGAAGUUUGUCCAUUUCCGAGCGUGAUGUACACAAACGAUGGAAAGCGGGCUAUGGAGAGGCUGUGGAAGGAAACAAUGGCUGAACUGGAAUUCGCUGGAGUGGAAGGCAUACUCGACUCGAUGAAGAAGAUCUAG